AUGGAUGUAAGUACUUCAUCUAAUCCUCAGCUCCCCACACUGCAUGCUGACGCUCUGUGUGGCAGCUGCCCGCCCUCUGGCUCUGUCCCACAGACUAGCGGCCUUUGGCCCACUCUUCCAGCAUCCGGAGCUGGGUUUCCUUCGUGGCCAGGGCAACCCACCCAGCCUGGACCGUGCUGGACCGGCCAGGCAAACGUACCCUGCUGGACCACAGCACAAGCAGCUCCUGUCUCUGUUCCCGCGUCGGUUUCAGUUACAGCACCCCCUCAAGUUAUAGCACCGGCCCCAGCCCCGACCAUGGUCCCAGCACCAGCUCAAGUUCAAGCUCCCACAGUGCAGCAUCCAUGUCAGCCUUGUUGGCCGGGCACCCAGUACCAGCCUGCACAGCCACCAGCUCCCAUGCCAACUCAGGCUCCAACUCCGGUUCCUGCCAGCAUCCAUCCAAGUGUACCCGGCUGGCCGGCCCACCCUGGUUGGCCUUACAACCAAGGACAGUCAGGAUGGCCUGGACAGAACCCAUCUCUCAUGCCUCAACACUGGCUUCCACCAACAUCUGGGCCUCUGAGCGUGCCAUACAAUUUAAACCUGGCCCGAGGUGUGUAUGACAAAAUGAUGAUGACAAUCAUGGCCAAUGUGAAACCUAAUGCAAAAACGUUCACAGUGAACUUCCUGAGAGGCAACGACAUUGCCUUUCACAUCAACCCCCGCUUCAGUGAGGGAGGCAAGCAGGUGGUGGUUCGUAACCAUAAACUGGGUGAACGCUGGGGAGCGGAGGAGAGGGACCUGAAAGGACCCUUUCCCUUUGCUCUUGGAAGCCCUUUUGAGAUGAAGAUCCUGUGCACCCCUGAGGCAUUCAGGGUGGCGGUCAACAACAUCCCAAUGUUCGAGUUCCGUCACCGCAUCAGAGAGUUGAACCAGAUUGACCGAAUCAACAUUCUGAACGACGUCGUUCUCACUUACAUCAACGUGGAGACUCUCCCUUGA